GUCACGCGGUGGUGUCGCGGCGGUAUCCGUUGGUUUCAGGAGUGACGACAUGUGGAGGACACGCUGACGUUCCUCCGAGCGGCCGUUUAACGAAGCAAAAACCCGCAGAAACCCUCCGUGUUCGGUGACAUUAGAGCUCCGGGCUGCUGUUCGGACGGAAGAAGCUUCGUCUCAGUUCGGAACCGAAUCGGAAAUCAGCGUAACAAGGUAAGGAAAGAUGUCGUACUACUCGUCCCGAAGUUCGUCCCGAGCCACAGACUGUAAAGUUUAUGUCGGCGACCUCGGUAACGGCGCCGCUAAGGGGGAGCUGGAGCGAGCGUUCAGUUACUACGGCCCGCUGAGGAGCGUCUGGGUGGCCAGAAACCCUCCGGGGUUCGCCUUCGUGGAGUUUGAGGAUCCCAGAGAUGCAGAAGAUGCUGUCAAAGGCAUGGAUGGAAAGGUGCUCUGUGGGUCCCGUGUCCGGGUAGAGAUGUCCACAGGUCUGUCCAGGAAGGGUCGAGGGCGUCCGAGCCGUCGCCAGUUCGACCCCAACGAUCGCUGCUACCAGUGUGGAGACCGAGGCCACUACGCCUACGACUGCUACCGCUUCAGCAAGAGAGGCCGACGCAGCAGGUCUCGCUCUCGUUCACGGUCUCGCUCCAGGUCCAGGUCUCGCGGUCGUCGCUACCGUUCUCGCUCUCGCAGUCGAAGCCACAGCAGGAGCCGCCGUCGAUCUCCGUCCUAUUCCAGACGCAGGAGCAGGUCUGGAUCUCAGGCUCGCUCCAAGUCCAGGACUCCAGCCAGAAGUCGCUCCAGGUCUCGGUCUCGGUCCGGUUCUGCCCCCAGAGGACGUUCUGCCUCCAGAUCCCGCUCACGAUCUCAGUCCGCCAACCACAAGCGGAACAGCGUGUGGUGGGAGCUGAGCACUGCACUGACACCGCAGCUGAUCCCAGGCCCAGGGUCUGCCAGCUGGCGGUGCGUACGUCCUGCGGGAGGGUGACUAAGCGCUGACCUGAGAUCAGCCUUCGCCUGCAUCUGGUGUUAGACAGCGAGAAAGAGGUCGACCUACCGACCGAACCCUCCCUCACAGUGAAUGGGCGACUGUCUGUUCGACCGACGCACACGCUCAGACGAGAUCAGCCCGCGCACAUUCAGUCGUUCGACUAGAGUCACCCACCCAGCCAGCCAGCCUUCAGAUGUACCAGAGGGCUGACCCGCACAGAUCACACCUUUUUAAACCCAUUACCUACCUACCAGACCCCCCUACCUACCAGAGUUCUUCGGCCUCUGUCUUAGCUUCUGAAAGUGAGAGAAAGAGCUGACGAGAGAUCAGUCUUCAAGAGCCUCCCAGCGCAGUGUCUCUCCAAGUUGUAGUCAUCCGUCCUUCAGUCCUUUCAUCCUUCGCUUCUCUGUAC